GAUGCCGUAUGGCGCUGAUAAAUGUGGCGAGCAGUAUACCAAGCGGCAACAAUAAGCAUUGAUCGGCCGAAUGCGCCUGCGAACAAAAGUCGCCCGCCGCGCUGGUUCAUCUCGCCCAACUUCAGCUUCUCGAGAGCAAGCAGCCGUCGACGUCCUUGGCUAUUUCCGAGUAGCACGGUCGUCAUUGCUUCCACAGCUCUUGCAAGGAGGAAAAGUAUACAAUCACAGGGCUCAUCCCGACUCAGUUCUACCAGACAUCCCAUCUCCACGCGCCCCGCCUACGUGUACACAGUACCACCACACCAUCCCACUCCCCAGCCAUCCGCUUUUAAAUUCCAACUCCCUUCUAUAUCCCUCCAUUCUGUUUAGCUACGCCGCACACAUUCUUCACCCCUAGCAAGCCAUGGCCGUAAUAUGGGGCCUCGACCUGAAGGAGAUGCAAUGGGGCAAGUUCAAGAACAGCUACAUGUGGAACAAGGAGUACCACCUUCGCCGGACAAAGUUCAUUGUAUACCAAAUCGCCAUGAUCUUCUGCGUUGUGAGCGAGAGUCUGGGCACCGCCGCGCUUAGUGAUUACGUCGACCAACAAGACUUCGUCGCAGCGCACUCUCCUGGCCCGGAAUCCGCCACCGUCCACAACAACGACUACGUCGGCAUCGCCUCCUACAACAUCUUUGUCGGCGUGUAUGUCGCCACCAUCUUCGGCUCUGCUUUCUUCUUCGACCUCUUCUGGCCCGAGCGCAAGGAGAUUCCCUCCGUCAAACUUGCAUGGCGCAUAUGCUCCGUCCUGGCAUGUCUGUUCACGCUCUCCUGCGCGCUCGCAUACACGGUAAUCCUCGCGACGCGGUCCGCGUAUGUGACCGGGACCGAUGCGACGACGGCUUCGCGCCUACUCGCUGAGUAUGGAGGGAGUCCGAUGCGGUACCGGGAUAACGGGCGGGCGGUUGCGAGCGUGGUGUUUCUGUGGCCUGGAAUGCUGGCUACGUUUGCGAGUACCGCAUUGCUCUGGCACUCCCUCUCCCACAUCGACGCGCACGGCCCCAAGUCCACACAUGCCCGCACCCGCGAUGGCCUCAGUGGCGACGCCGACGCCGAGAAACCUGUUAACGGCAGCGCGGACGGCAUUGCGGGCACCGGCAACAGAUACGCCCCGCCCCGUAUUUCUGAGUAGUUUACAGAUCAUCGGCCCAACUUUGAGGAUAUCAGGCAUUCUGUCGAGCGAACCGCUGCCGAGUGCAAUAUGCUGCUGAAUGCGGCACAGGAGUAUAGGGAUAAGGCUAAGGCUAAAGCCAAGGGAUGUCGUGCGACUUCAGCAUUGGAUGGGGAUACGAUCGUUAAUGAUGGUGGUGAUGGUAGAACUGUGGGAGCUGGUGAGAGUAUCGAGAUGCAGGAUCUGGCUGAGUCGAGGAGUAUACAAAGUCUGACCGGCCUAUAUAAGGCUGGGAGGGGGUGAGUUGGGGGGUGAGCGACGUGUAUUGAGCGUUUUGGUUUGGUUUGGCUUGCAUUAAUACCCCGACGUAUGAGUGUGCGGCGUUAGUCUUGGGUUUGAACAUGCAUUUUUGGUUGGGAGCGUGGGUUAGCAUGCCGCAAGGCUGUAUGAAUCAUGGAUACUCUGC